CCCUGACUGUGAAGUUUCUGACCAAGAGGUUCAUAAGUGAAUAUGAUCCGAACUUGGAGGACACCUACGCCUCGGAGGAGCUGGUGGACCAGCAGCCCGUGCUGCUGAAGGUGAUGGACACAGCCGACCAGGACGGCCCUGGGAACUGCGAGCGCUACCUGCGCUGGGCCAGCGCCUUCCUGGUGGUCUACAGCAUCGACGACAGGAAGAGCUUCGAGGGCUGCCAGCGCUACCUGGAGGUCCUCGCCCUGCAUGCCAGGGGCUGCCAGCGCCGCUGCCCCGUGAUCCUGCUGGGCAACAAGCUGGACAUGGAGCAAUACAGGCAGGUGCCCGCAGCUGAAGGGACGUCCCUGGCGAGCAGGUUUGGGUGCCUCUUCUACGAGGUGUCGGCGUGCCAGGACUUCUCGGGGGUGCAGCACAUCUUCCACGAAGCCGUGCGGGAGGUACGGCGCCAGGCGGAGCGGAGCCUGCCCGUCCGGCCACUGUUCAUCACGGAGGAGUGUCUCUGCCCACCAGUGGCCACGCCGGUAGCCCUGGCCACCGCCAUGUUCAACACCCUCUCCACCGUCAACUACAAGGAGAUCCCCUCGGUGGCCCAGGCCAAGCUGGUCACCGUCAAGUCCUCACGGGCUCAGAGCAAGAGGAAAGCUCCCACGCUCACCUUGCUGAAAGGCUUCAAGAUAUUUUAG